AUGGUUGCUGAAGGUGUUUGGGCUGAUGCUGAUGACUAUCGCCUAAUUGGUGCCCUUUUUAGCUUAGACGCAAGUUGCAUAGAAGAUGUGCAUUGGGAUAACCUUCUUGAUCACAGGUCUGGAGACGUGUUGGAAGCGAUGGAACCAAUGAUUCUUCACAUAGGUCACCACGGGAGCAAGUCAUUUGCUGAACAAGUUGAAGUAUUGGCACAUCGAAAUCGUCUAUAUCUAUUUGAAGCAAGAGAGGCUUGGGACAGUAACUCAGUAAACCAAGGGUUCCAUGAUGUGGCCAUUUUAUAG